AUGACCAAGCUGUUGGAUCUUCCAACUGAGCUGCUCCUCCUCGUCCUCUCGCACUUCAACCGUUUCAUGUACAAGGACGAGCUCCAAGCCCUCUGUCUAUCCUCCAAGCGUCUCUACUCAAUUGCUCAACCAUUCCUCUACCGCGACUUUGUUCGUGAAGUUAACUGCCAGUGUUGCCACAAAGCUGGUACGCCACCAGGACGCAUUGUACCCUUAGUCCUUUUCACCCGAGCCUUGAUCUCUCGUCCAGACCUCGCCUCUUGUGUACGUAGUGCGGCUUUUGAUAACUCAGAAGACGCAUAUGAUGAUGAGGAUGUCCGCGAGGUGGAUUUUGAUGCCGAUACAUUCAAAGUGCUCGCUGCCGGGUUUCAACAGCUUUCUGGUAUCUGCAGAGCUCGUUUGUUUAUGGAAGCAGCAGCUAUGAGGUCCAACCCGUAUAUGGUCGUUUUGGCGUCUAGUAUGCCAAAUCUAGAGCACUUGAAAUUAACUCUUGGAGAAGAGGGACUAUAUGACCUUGAGCCACUAUUUACCCAAUGGCACUCUAAUAGCCCCGCUCAGCCAUACCUAAGAAACCUGAAGUCCGUUGUGAUAAGAGACUUGACCCUUACCGAGUCUGAAUCCAUGGUCGACCUCGACUAUAUCCUGGAACUACCCCAUCUAGAGGAGUUCACGUUAAUAAAUCUCAAUGGAGACGCCGAGGGCUGUCCACUGUUCGAAAUAGAGCCAGAAUCCCUAAACAUCUCGUCUCUGUCACUCCUAGAGGCUUCUCUCGAUACUGAAAGUCUCACUGCAAUAGUGGAAGGGUGCAGAUGCCUCAAGCACUUCAGCUACUAUGGGUGCAACUACGACGGCAACAGUAUCGAAGGAUCAAGUCAAUUCGGUCCUUCCGAGCUUGUAUCGAUUCUUUUCUCGCAAAAGGAUAACAUUAAGACACUCAAAUGCAAUCUUGAUUGGGACCACAUCCAUCCCACUCGUUGGAGUAGGUGCUCGAAAUACGGCUCCUUUGCGUCUUUCAAAAACCUCGUCCAUCUCGAGGUCGAUCAGUACCCCUACACUCCAAGGCAAGAGCUUCCGAAGUCCCUCCACUGCCUUACAAUCAGAAAUAUCAGUUUCUCCGUACUCGAUACGGUCGGAUCGCUAAAUAUGCGUACUGUGGAUGUUCCCAUGUACAGACUUACCAAUGAACUCCCGAAUCUCAAAUUUGUUACCUUGCAACCCCGAGAUGACAUCCCAAAUGGAAUGUUAGGAAUAAACAGCCGGUAUGACCAUACAGAAGUUUAUGACGACCCCAAUGUUCUGUCGAAAUUCGCUGUCGCAUGCGAGAGGCUCUGGGCUAUUGUGAAAGAAUGUUCAUUCGUUGUUCGAAUUGACCACCAGGUGUGGAUGGAGUUCUGGUUGAACCACUAA